AUGAAGACUGCUCUGUUUUUCCUUCUCUUCAUUGCCUUCAUCUCCACACAACACCUAACCCUAGCUACAGAAAAAGAAGUAGUGGUUGACACCAAAGGAAAUCCUCUUGUGCCUGGUGAAAAAUACUUCAUCAUGGAUGCCUCAGACCAUGACCGUGCAGUUACCACCGAAGUACUCUGGCAGCAACAAUGCCCGGUUUCGGUGGUCUUCGGGACAGAUGCUAAGAAUGUGAUUUUUAUUCCCAAAGACAAAGACGCCACGAGCAUCAAGACCCAAGAAGACUUGUACAUCACAUUCAAUGAGGCUCCUCUGUGUGCUAAAUCACCCAACUGGACUAUUGAAUUUUUCAGUAAUAAAGUUUACCCGGUUCUUAUUGGUCCACCUGAAGGUGUUCCAACCAUGGAAGGUUCAUUCCGCAUUAGGAAAUCUGAGUCUCAAACUGGUGCAUAUAAUAUUGCCUUCAAUAUUUUUAAUGGGCCUAAUACUGAUUAUUUCCUUGUCACCCAAGCUUACGGCGACACCCGAGACUUUUAUCGUUUGGAGCUGUGUACGGAUAAAGGAUUCGAUGUCCACUUCAUCCGUUAUGAAAAACCAACGACCUUAACUUCCACCUAG